AUGCUUACGAUCCGAGAACAGAAGCCUGGCGACGAUUUUGGGUUCGCAGAGUCGUCCGAUCGGGCCUCGUCUCGCAAGUCUAGCUCCGUAUUCGCCUUCAACGACUCGGAGAUCAACCUUCGGCAAAUCCAACAGUCAACACAACGGGUCCGCUCAACACUUUCUAACAAGGAUGCCGAUGCUGCUUUCAAGGAGUAUACCAAGGUCAAAGAUCACGCGACGUUAUGUCGUUCAUUACUGCGCAUUUCAACAUACACACCGCUAGACAACGGGCAGACGAACACGCUUAGCACAGACGGCAGAGGGAUAUCGCGGGGAUCCUCCCUCGACGUACCCUACAGUCCAGCGACCAUGGACACUCAAUCUUCCUCCAGUGGGAAGAGCCUUUCAGAAGUAACAACAGGGCAAAGCUGCGGGCAACAUUCCGGUCCAACUCGUGAUAACUGUCUAUUGGCCGUCCGUGACUGGAAAAAGUGUAUCGAAUCAUUGCUACAAGCCCUCGAGCUCACCCUCUCUGAAACGUACACGAGCUACGAACCAGAUGCCACGCCGAGCAUGGUGAAGUCCCUGUUCCAGGACAGAGACUUCCGUGCGGCUGCUAUCCAACAGAUGAGAAAGACCAGCAUCGACAAGACUUUCUCAGCAAGCCCUGAUUUCUUCCCGCGAUACAUAAUACGGCUCAGGAACUACGAUCGUGUCAAGCAAGACCUCGUUGCCAUCACUCGCAUCCUGCAGCUAGGGGAGUCGGGCGUCUCUGACGAAAGGGCUGUGAAAGAGCACAAUGUGUCGCCCCGAGGCAAUGCCAUUCUCGAGUUUGCGAAUCUUGGAGCCGAGUCCAUGCCAGUUCUACGAUUCCGCGUGUCUUCAUUCCUACUCUCAGAAACCUCUCCUAUAUUUGAGAGAAUUUUUACCGAGCAUGCCCAAGUGGAGAUUCAUGACGACGAAGACAUGACUGAUCAGCUGGCACACCCUCCAACGCCGUACAUCUGCGACGACGGGACCGAGGCGAGAUUGUAUCGCAUGCCGCAGCUCGAGCACGACUCGGAACAGGCUCUCACCAUUCUCCUCCACGCGGCACAUAUGCACAACGACAAGGUUCCGCGGGAAAUAUCUUUCGAGCAAUUCGUUGCCAUCGCCGAGGUUUGUCUACGAUAUCGGUGCACCUCGCCCUUAGAGCUGGUUGUCGAGCACCGAUGGUUGCCUCAAUGGAUCCACAAAGGUAGUGAAGACAUGCCUGGAGGAAUGCUCCUCAUCAGCUACACCUUUGGGCUUCGGCAAUUGUUCAUGCGCAUGUCGAAGACUGCCAUUCUCAAUCUUGUCGACGAGGAAGAACUGCAGAGCUUGCCGUGGCCGCAGAAGAUCAAGGACAAGAUUUGGAAUUUGAGAGUAGCGAAAAUGGCUCAAGUGCAUGCGUGUUGUGUGAAUACAAUACAGGAAUAUCUACGACACCCGCCGUCCAAAGCCGUUGAACAAGGCGACGCACCAAACCUGUCGAAUGGACUCAGCAUACCGCAGGUUAGGACCCGCUCUCCUAGCCCGGGCUCGUCUGCGCAUAUAUCAACUCCCAUCGAUCCGCUGGUGUUCAGUCGCAGUCCCAGGUGUCCUAAAGGAAGCCAUUGGUGCGAUGCAACGAACCUCGGCUGGCUCAUGCUCGCCUACGGGGAGUUGCAGCUUCUGUCUACAAUCAUCAAGCCAUUUGUGCUCGGUACUCUGGAUAAUCCCCAACAGACGCCUCGCAGGAGUCUAGCUCAGCUCGUUGACCUGCUCCGGACGAUCGCCAGUCCUCCACAGGUACUGCAUAAAGGCGGGGUUUGCGAUCCGACACCGCAGUUCCGCGCGGCAAUCAACGACAUCUAUAAUAGCGUCUCGGGUCUGACAUUGCACGACAUCAGCAGACGCGCUCAUGGUUGGGCUCUGUCUCGGCACCGGUCAAAGCAGCCGCAGGCCGUUCUGCAAGGACGACCCAAACACCCCGGCAAGGUACAGGACGCGAAAGACUGUUUGACAGACGAAUUACGAUUGAAAAUACUACGCAGUAUCGACAGCGUAGACGACCUAUGCGCCGCAGCGAUGGUUAACCGAGGCUUUUAUCAGACGUUCCAGGAGAACGAACUUCUUCUCAUGCGAAGGUUUAUAAAAGCUCAUCGACGGAUGACUUUGGCGAAACUGACUUCUCUCGCUGGGGUUUCUCUGAGUGAAGAUAAAGUGCCAAAGAAGAAGGCGGAUGCGCUCAAGGCGGAAGCUGAAGCCAUACGAGAUGCCGAGGAGAGUUUUAACAUUCCCGAGGAGGAUGAAGAUGUCGAAUGCUCGGAGACGCCAGCGGUACAAGGCACCUCGUUAUUAGAAGCGUCCUUGUUGGUACGCUCUUACGAAGGCGCGCCCGGUUCUGACACUCCAUCGCCACCAGUUUUGAGCGACGAAGAAGCGCAGCGGAUCCUCUGGCCGGCAUCAUCUAUUUCGCCACGAGACCGGUCUCCACAUAACUCAGUGACCAAGAUCACGGCGAAGUCAGGUAUCAUGCGAGAAAAGUUCCGUACCAGCGACCCGGCCUUUGUGGAGGAGAAGAUGUUGUUGGGUAAAGAGGAUAAGCAAUUGAGGGAGGAGAGGGACAGGAGGGUUGGACUUGUGCGGGAGGAUGAUGAAUGA